AUGCCUUAUGCUUUAGAAUCUAAUGAGGAGCAGUUUUUCAUCGACACUCCUAAUCGAGGCUCUGGAAAACAUCUUGCAUGCAUUCUAAGGACACCAAAACGUUUAUUAGAUGAUAACAAAAGGUAUGACAUCUCAUCAACUACUCGAAGGUGUGCAAUCUUAAUGCAUGGUAACAACUCGCACAAAAAUUUCUGCUGCGCGGUUCAAUUGUCCAGGAGUUUAGCGGAAGAACUUGGAAUGUAUUCGUUAAGAUUUGACUUUAGAAACUGUGGAGACUCGACACUAAAUGGAAACGAAGGCCGUACUGUAGAAGAAGAUAUACAGGAUGUUGAAGCGGUCUAUGAGUAUUUGACCCAAGGUGGUUAUCACAAUAUUAAAUUUCACGUUGAGGCUAUUGUUGGCCAUUCAAGAGGAGUAGUUGAUAUGUUUGAGUGGGCCCUAAAGUACAACUAUCAACAUUACGUUCCUAGCUUGAUUGCUUGUGCCGGCAGAUUUAUUGGUGAAAAGCAUAUUCAGGGUGUUCGGAAAGGGUUUCCUGAUUUAGAAGAGAAAGGAGGACACAUGCAACCUUCAAUAAUUAGGGGAAAGUACACAGAGAUCUUCAUUCCGUUGAGUGAGACAAACAACUUGGGACAUCGUUCCAUGGAAAAGAUUAAAGAUAUUAAUUCAUCGGUGGAUACUAUGUGCAUUUACGGUUCGAAUGAUGAUGUUAUUCCACUAUCUGACUCCGCAUUGUAUGCUAAUGCAUUAUCACCACGAAACAAAUUGGUUAUCUUGGACGGUUUGAAUCAUCAAUACCGUACAGUCAAACAUUUUUCCAAGGAAGAGGCUGCAAAGUGUGAGCAUCCGUACCAUGAGAGGACUCAUUCCCUUGAUUAUAAUCAAGAUGUUGCAGAUAUAAUAGUCAAAUUUUUGGGUCAUCAAGAUUCCAGGAGAAGAUUCUACGAACGAAAUUUAAACAUUCAUAAGUUUUUGCCCAGAUGGAAGAGAAUUGAAGGAGUUGCAAAUUUCAGAGACAUUGGAGGCUACAAAUCUUCGAUCCAAGGAAAGCAUGUGAAAUACAAUCAUAUGUAUCGUAGCGCGGACCUAUCUGGUGCAACGGAUAAGGGUAAAGAGGAGCUGAAGAAACUUGGAAUCAAAGUCAUCUUUGAUCUACGUUUUGCCGAGGAAAGGAGUGAGAAAAAGAUUGAUGAGAUUGAAGGUAUCAAGAACAUUAACGUGCCAUUACUGGGAGAUAAAAGUCCUAUGCUAAUUGACAAAAUGAAUGUUUAUUCUCGUCUGUUGAGCAAUUACUAUUCAUUUGUUGAUGUAUACAAGCAUAUUUUGGAUCAUUCAGCUGAGCCAUUGAGAAUCAUCUUCACUUACAUCAAAGAUCAUCCUUCUGAGCCUUUCUUGUUUCAUUGUGCUGUAGGUAAGGAUAGGACAGGAAUCCUUGGUGCGUUGAUAUUGUCUUUGCUUGGUGUGCCUGCACAGAUUAUUUGUAGGGAAUAUGAGCAAACCGAAUAUGGCUUGGCUUGUGUCAGAAAAGAUAUAGAGAGAAAAAUGGUUGCAAGCUUCGAAGAACAGGGUCCAGACUUCGAGGCUGCUCUGAACCAGAAGCUCGCAAAUGGACGACAGAAUUGGACAUUGAGAAAGCAAGGCCUUGAUAAUCUCUUAUCAAGUCGUUAUGAAGUCAUGCUGACUGCUUUGGAUUAUUUGAAAGAACAUUAUGGAGGAGCCGAGAAAUAUUUGGAGGAGGAAGUGGGUCUAAGGAGAGAGGACCUGGAGUCGAUCAGAGAGAAUUUACUUGUGAAUUAG